CGGGGCUCCGCACGCGGCCGCCACACAAAAGGCAACGGCGCCGCUCCGCGCCGCAGGCAGGAUGCAGCCCCGGGGCCUCCUCUUCCUCCUGGCACUGCUGCUGCUGGCGGCCACUGCUGAGGCUGCCAAAGCCAAGAAAGAGAAGGCAAAGAAGGAGGGUUCCGAGUGCCAGGACUGGCGCUGGGGGCCCUGCGUCCCCAACAGCAAGGACUGCGGCUUGGGCUACCGCGAGGGCACCUGCGGCGAUGACAGCAGGAAGCUCAAGUGCAAGAUCCCCUGCAACUGGAAGAAGAAGUUUGGAGCUGACUGCAAGUACAAGUUUGAGAGCUGGGGAGGGUGCAGUGCACAGACAGGUGUGAAAACACGCUCAGGCAUCCUGAAGAAAGCGCUGUACAAUGCCCAGUGUGAGGAGGUGGUCUAUGUGAGCAAGCCCUGUGCCGCCAAGAUGAAGGCCAAGGCCAAAGCUAAGAAGGGCAAGGGGAAGGACUAGAGUGGGGUGGACGAUGUCCUCAUCGGUCCCGGACACAUGUGCCUCUCCCACCACAAGGAGCCACACUCCAGCCGCCUUCCUCUCCUUCUCCUCCUCUUCCUCCUCCUCUCCCCACCUCCUCUGCCACCAAGAUGCCUUGUUUAAUCAUUAGUUUUGUUGAGAGCAGACCAACUGGCCCUGGGAAGCUGCUGCCAUUGCCCUGGGGGCUGCUGCAGCCAUAGUGACCAUUGCUUUGAGUGGUGCCGGCUGGAUGCUCUCACCUCUUUUGGGAAAUGGGUUUUGGUUUCUUUUCCAAUAAAAUUUUUAAAAAAACA